UGAAAUUUUUUUUUGUUCUCUGUCAUUUACAUAGAAGAUUCUUGGUUCAUCGCUGUCCCCUGUUGAAACUACUUCCCACUAGUGGAGUACGCCUUUCACUAGAAGCUACUGCAGGGACGACGUGCCGACAGCACGUGACUCACUGUUUGCUGAAUUAAGGUCUAAGUUGAAUUACUGCUCCUCAUUGUCAUCCAAAUCCUGUUCUUAUAAUUUAACUCGGAAUGUUAUUUGAUGUCUCUUUAAUGGUGAAGAUUAUAUGUUUGUGAAAUAUUUCUACUGUUUUCUAAUGGCCGUAUUAUAAAUCUAGGCCUCUUUCUUUUUUAUGAUGGAUAUAAAGAACGCUGUAUUUUAACUGCCAUUUACUUUCUUCAGAGAACAGCUGGUUGUUCUGGGCUGUGUCACUAUUUCUUAAGAUUAUUUGUAACUUAAUAGUUUCAAGAUUUAGAAUACAUCCAGAUGGACACAUUCCUUGGUAUCCGUGGGGGAUUGGUUUCAAGACCAUCCCCCCCCCUACAGAUACCAAAAUCUGAGGACGUUCAAGUCCCUUAGACAAAAUGGCAUAGUAGGUGCAUACAACCCAUUUAGUUGUCUGUAGAUUACUUGUAGCACCUAGUACAAUGUAAAUACUAUGUAAAUAGUUGUUACACUGUUUCAUUUAGUGAUCAACUUUCUGGAAUUUUUUUUUUUCAAAUAUGUUCAGUUUCAGGUUGGUUGAAUCUGGGAUUCAGAUUUGCCCAAUACAGAGGGCUGGGAGGGCAGAUUAUAGUUGCAAAUACCCUGGCUGAGAUUGUUCAUCACUUGCAAUAGGGUGAAUUAACUCAAAGAAAACAACGUUUUAUAUCCAAUAAGCUGAUUAUCUAAUUAUCAGUACCUACCCAAAGGAAGAAGAGUGUUUAUUAGAAAGAAUAUUUCUAUUAAUGCUUGUUUUAAAAAAGCUUUUUAGCAUGUUAAUAUCACUGCAGGGUUGUCUGCUGCACUUUCGUGCAGUUUCACAAAGUGUCCUGUAAAGUAGGGCAGCUCCAGUGAAAAGACCCCACUGACAAACUGCAACCCCCUCAGCUCUCCCAUUUUCACGCUGCCCGCUUCACUCUGUCACACCUUCAGUGCCUGGACACCGCUGCUGCUUUUCUCUCUUUGCUGUCUGAAAGGAUAGGCACAGCCUUUGGUACACAAUGUCUUUCCUCAGGUUUGACAGAGAAAAGGAGAGACAUCCAUCCCUACAAUAUAACUGGCUGCCAAAUAUAACAAAAUAUUCAGAUCUCUUUCCUUAGCUCCUGCUGAGUUGAAGGCAGGGGUGAUAAGCCAAUAAACGUGGUGAGACAAUAAACGGGAACUUACAUACACAAGCAGUAAAACCCUACUUCCUUCUUGGCAAUCAAUACACUGGGAUGGGAUGGGUCUUAAGACUAUAAAAGAUCAAAGAAUAAUAGAGUUUGGGCUGUAAGCAAACUGAGGCCAUAAAAUUUUCGGUAGCUUUUUGAUUUCAAAAUGACUCUGGUGAUGUGAUUAGAGCCUUUGUUUUUGAUGGAUUGAGGAUCCGUUUUGAUCAAGUUCAGCCCAAACAGAGGAUUUCACGGAGGUCGAUCACAGGAAUGUUUGGAAAUGUAGUCUUGUGAACUGUUCCCUUUUACGAGGAGGGUGAGGAAUUUCCAAAGGCACCAGUUCCUCCUUUCACGCGAAGACUGACGGUCAGUUUCCAGCUGCGGGGCUCAGUCCGUCUGGGUCCCCCAGCGCCGCCUCCUGCGCGGCGCUCCGACUGCUAGGGGGCUGCCCCAGCCACGCAGCCCCGAGAAAACAGCCACUCUGAUCUAACCCUGCCGCGAUUCUGCAACCAGGUGUUCACUAGUGUCAACCAACCCUUAGGGUGUUUUGAUGAAUCAGCACAAACUCGAUUUUUUCACAGCGCAGGCCCUUUACAUGUGGUUCUCAAGUUUAGGUCUAGGGGAGUUGGCAGACAGCUUCACGUUCAGGGAGGAAUUAGUUUUCCUUUUCCUAAUGAAAAGGGUAACAGUGGCACAGGUGAGUUGUGAAGUUGUUACACGGGAAGUUGACCCGCCACCGCCCCCCUCUCUGGAGGGGGCAGCAACCCUGUGGGAAGAGGGCGUCAAAGGUGCCUGGGACCCUUCCCGUGUCACCUUCACUUCCUCCACACCUGUGGCAGGUGGUCUGACACCGCGCUCGGGGCCAAGUGACAGGCCGUCGCUGCAAAGGACGGUCCGCCCUAAGCAGAGCAGAUGCCCCGGGUGACGGAGCCCCGGUACGCCGCGGCCAAGAGCCGUCGCCUAACCCUAACCCGAAGGGCGGUCUAGGGCGUCCUGGGCGCGUUAAAAGCACAAAGCACCCCGCUUCUUGGUUUGAGUCCCUGAGGCCCGACGCGUGCCUCCGCGCCCCCACCUGUUGGACAGCAUCCCCGAGCUCCUUCUAGCCCAAGUGCUUUGCAAACUGCCAGCGGACACCCAGAGGCCUCGGAAUGUGACGGGCGACCAUAAACAUGCAGCAGGGAUGGAGCCCCAGUAGCGGACACACGGGGCCGGGCCCCGCGGGGGUCGGCGAUCUGGAGCCCGGCCCCCGCCGCCGUGGUCGCGCGGCCAGUGCCAAGACCGGGCCGGCGGCGCCAACUCACUCCGGGCACCGAGCCUGCAAAAGGGGCCCCGGGCCGGCGGCCGGACACCUCGCAGACGGCGGGCAGCGAGCACAGCGGCCGGCGCCCCGGGGCUCCUCGGCGGAUCCUCCGCCCGCCGCCGCCGCCGGCCCGGAGCCCCGGAGGCGCCCGCUCUCCCCGGCCGCACGACCGAGCAGCAUGGAGCCCGGCGCGGGGCCCCGGACCACGGAGCCCGCGGCGGCGCGGGAAGCCCCAGCGCGCCACGGCGAGGUCCGGAAAAAGAUGGCGGCCGCCGUGGCUGCGGCGGCGGCGGCCGCAGCUUCGUACGCGCCGCUGACGCCAAUGGCGCGCGCCGGCAGACGGGCCGCGGAUGGCGGCGGCGGCGGCGGCGGCGGCGCCAGCGGCCCGGGCUCCGGAGAGGGGCGGGGCGAGGCGGGAAGGGGGCUGGCCGGAGGCGGAGGCCGGCUGGCUGGCUGGAGGGAGGCGGCGGGGUUAGUUUGCUCUCGGAACAUGGCGGGCGUCGGCGACGCGGCCGCCCCGGGAGAAGGCAGCCGCGGAGGCGCGGACGGCCCGGAGCGCGACGGUCGCGGCCAGGCGGAGCAGCCGGGCGGCGGCGGUCACGGGCCCCCGCUGGCGCCUCAGCACACGGAGACGCUGGGCUUCUACGAGAGCGACCGGCGGCGGGAGCGGCGUCGCGGCCGCGCAGAGCUUUCAUUGUUGAGGUUCCUCAGUGCCGAACUUACAAGAGGGUACUUCCUCGAACAUAACGAGGCCAAGUAUACAGAAAGAAGAGAAAGAGUGUACACUUGUAUGCGAAUACCAAGAGAAUUGGAAAAGCUCAUGGUUUUCGGCAUCUUUCUGUGCCUGGAUGCGUUUCUGUACGUGUUCACCCUGCUUCCCUUGAGAGUGUUCCUGGCCCUCUUUAGGCUCUUCACGCUGCCUUGCUACGGCUUAAGGGACAGGCGCUUGCUGCAGCCGGCCCAGGUGUGUGACAUUUUGAAGGGCGUCAUUUUGAUCAUUUGCUAUUUCAUGAUGCACUAUGUCGACUACUCCAUGAUGUACCACCUGAUCAGGGGGCAGUCGGUCAUCAAGCUCUACAUCAUCUACAACAUGCUCGAGGUAGCAGAUCGUCUGUUUUCAUCAUUUGGCCAAGAUAUAUUAGACGCUCUGUACUGGACAGCAACAGAGCCGAAGGAGAGGAAGAGAGCCCACAUCGGGGUGAUCCCUCACUUCUUCAUGGCUGUUCUCUACGUCUUUCUGCAUGCAAUCCUUAUAAUGGUGCAAGCGACGACUCUCAACGUGGCGUUCAACUCGCACAACAAGUCGCUGCUCACCAUCAUGAUGUCGAAUAACUUUGUUGAAAUUAAAGGAAGUGUUUUCAAGAAGUUUGAAAAGAACAAUCUUUUUCAGAUGUCAAAUAGCGAUAUUAAGGAGCGAUUUACAAAUUAUGUGCUUUUGCUAAUAGUCUGUCUAAGAAACAUGGAACAGUUUUCUUGGAAUCCAGAUCAUCUCUGGGUGUUAUUUCCAGAUGUCUGUAUGGUGAUUGCAUCAGAAAUCGCUGUGGAUAUUGUAAAGCAUGCUUUCAUCACCAAGUUCAAUGACAUUACUGCAGAUGUCUACAGUGAAUAUAGAGCCAGCCUUGCUUUUGACCUUGUUAGCAGUCGACAGAAAAACGCGUACACCGACUACAGCGACUCCGUGGCGCGGAGGAUGGGCUUCAUCCCUCUUCCCCUGGCUGUCUUGCUCAUCAGAGUUGUAACAAGCUCAAUUAAAGUGCAAGGAAUCCUGUCUUAUGCCUGUGUCAUACUCUUCUAUUUUGGGUUGAUAUCCCUGAAAGUGCUGAAUAGCAUUGUGCUAUUGGGGAAAUCCUGCCAAUAUGUGAAGGGGGCCAAAAUGGAAGAGAAGUUGUUUAACCCUCCCCCCACCGGCACUCCCAGCAAACCGCCCGGCAAACCGCAGAGCAAGUGUAAACCCUCUCCAGAAGAAAACCUGUCUGCCUCCGUCACCAGCCAGCCCAGCCAUCAGAAGGACAGCGUCGUGCCGCUGCUCGUGACGAGCAGUUCUGACCAGUUCCUGACGACCCCCGACGGCGACGAGAAGGACAUAGCGCAGGACAACUCGGAACUGAAGCACAGGUCCUCCAAGAAAGACCUCCUGGACAUAGACAGGUUCACGAUCUGCGGGAACCGGAUUGACUGAGCUCCGCGGCGCCGCGUGCCGAGCGCCGGGCCCUGGGGCGGCCGGGCUGCGCUGCCGGGCGGACAGAUGCGGAAAGUGGCACUUAAAUAUUUAUUUAAAAACUUAAAUUAUUAAUGGAAAGCAAAUCUUAGUACCUUCCUUCCAGUGAUGUGGUCUGGUCGAAGGUGAGGUCAUGGACCAGCAGCCACCUCCAGCCUGGACCUUUGAGGGUCCCCCCUGCUUGGAGAAGCAGCAGGGUCACUUCCGGCCCACGGGAACCACCUCAGAACCACUCUGCUCUGUCAGUCCGUGCUUCCAGAACACCGAACUCGGCCCCGGGGUCCCUCCGGUAGGAGGGCACGCGCCUGGGAAACUGUGACGCUUUCUCCGAGACGUGGCCUGUCCCGGCUCAUGCAAUUUCCACGAACCGUUUUCAAGCUACUUGCUCUGCCAAAGCAUUUAAAAAAAGUAAUUGAACUCAAGUCAAGAUAAAUGUCCUCACCACAGAAUUAUCCUUGAAGAUGUAUCUGAAUUAUUCAGAAUAAAAGGCUACCUUAAGUAAGACACGAUGAAUAGUAGCGUUUUAUAGGGGGAAAAAAGCCCUAAGCCAGUUUGUCUGAUUUAAAAAAUGUUAAUCAAUGAAGGUUAUGCAUCACCGAGAAAAUGUUUCAUAAUUUUUCAGUGUACUCUAAAGCAAAAUGUGACCUGUGUGUCGUUUAAUCACAGUGGAUGAAAUAGAAAUUACCUUACCAAAAGGUAGUUUUUAUACUGAAAAAGCAGAGCAGCGUCAAUGUCAACGGACAGCCAACUGGUCUCGCUCUAAAACUAAUUGCUUCGGCAGUUGUUGCAGUUCAGAGGAUUUGGUGUUGGACAGGCUGCAGAGCUGUCCGUGUUCAAAAUGCAAAGAUGCUGACUGUGACGUGAGCUUUCUGAGUGACAGGUUUAAAGUAAACAGUGAAGUGGGCUGAGCGGCACCGUCUGGCGUGGGCUCACCCCGCGCAUCAGUCCUUCCGUGUGGAGUGGCCGGGGUGGGGGGGUGCCGUGCCUGCCCCCGGGGCCCGUCUGUGCUCUGUGGGGCCGGGUCUGCGUGGGGACGUGUGACCGUCCCGUGUGCCUGUGCGGGGUCAGGGCAGGCGUGUGUUGGGAGAGAGGAGAUGGGGUGUCCGGGGUGCGUGGGUGGCUGUCUGAGGCUCUUGUGUAUGGAUGUCAGGAACAGCAACCAAAAGGUGCUUUUUGGUUCGAGGUCAGGAUUCCAUGUCUGCUUACUUACUAGUUUGUGGCCUAUAUCAUAAGCAGGUUAUUUUCCACCACGUUUUAUCUUGAGAAGCCUUUCUGCAUCUUUCUGAACAUUUCACGGCAUCUAGUGCCAGAGUGUCCGGGGGUCACUGUUAACUGUUGUUCCCUUCAAUGUUUUCAUCGUGAAGCUCAGCUCCUCUGCCGAUGUUGCAGGCGUAGGGUACGCAGAGGUCCGUGUUCGGUGGUUGUCUGUUUCCUGGGUGAAACGCAAACAGGCUUGAGUAAAGCUUUGUCUUGUUUAUUCGACACACGAAAGUGAUUUCCUAAUGUUUUGCAUUAACUAAAGAAAUCUAAAGAUUAGUGUUCGCAUCGGGUAAAAGGAAAUAGUACAGAAAUACUCUUGUUGGCCGUGACGUAUUUCAAGUGAAAAAUGAAAAGACUAUUAAUUGCUUUGUCUAUGUUUUAAUGACGCCCCAGUUUAGGAUUUUUUUUUUUUCAUGUUCUCCACUAAAAGUGUCCAUGGCGAAUAGGAAUAGUUUGGGGGAAAACUUUGCCAAACCUAGCCCUAACCAGAGCAAAAGUAUGAUGGUGGCAUAUCUUUCAGUUCAGCCCGAAUUACUCUGUUACUGUGCUGUCAAUUUCACAAGAGUUUCAUUUCCUUCACAGAAAAUAUUGGGAGUUUGGAAUGAUGUUCAUUUCUGCUGUCAAAAUGGCAUUCAGUACUAAUUUUAUAAGUGCAUCUUGUGUGAAACUCAAUAAAUUCAAUUUUGUAAUCUUUUUUAAAAA